AUGAACACAGGCACAGAAAGUGAGAGCGACAGACCUGUAGCGCGCUUCAGACCAUCAUGCCUUCAAUGCCAGCGCUUGAAGAAGAAAUGCGACAGGAAAAGGCCGCAGUGCUCACUAUGCACUAGACAGAAUCGGACGUGCUUGUACGAUGAAAGAAGCACCUAUUCAGAUACAGUGCCUUCCGACAGCGCACCGAUCUCGGAUUCUAGGAUUGAAUUCUCAACUCAAUUUCGCAAUGAGUUUCCCUCCGUAUAUUUCCUGGACUCGGUCCUGUUCCAGCGCUCAGGCACAAAAAUGCAAGAUGCAGGUUCCGAUCUAGGGGCGACUUUAUCCAGUCUUGUUGGUGACAUCUCUACUAACCGGGAAUUUGUGGCUCUAUAUUUCGAGUUUGUACACCCGUGGCUGCCAUUUCUCUCAAAAAAGCGGUUUCUAGAAAGAGUGUUAAAUCCGCUCGGGACCAAACAGAUCGGGAACAUGUUACUCAUUUCUUCCAUGAAAUUAGUUGCAGAAAAUAUUGUUGAAGACAACACAAUAUCGCCUCUCUAUAACUCAGUCAAGCUCGCUUUGCUCCGUUUGGAGAUGGCGGGAAAUUUAGAUUUCAGAACAUUGCAAGCUUGGAUCAUGGUAUCCUUGUAUGAGUUGGGACACGGAAUUUACCCAGCAGCCUAUCUUACAAUCGGAACCUGUGUUCGCUACGCUCGCGCGUUAUGUAUUCACCUAUCCGUCGAAAACUCAUUUCAGAGCUCUGUCCAUGAUGAGUUAGAUCGUGAGGAGAGGCGGAGGAGCUGGUGGGCUAUUCUGUUGUUGGAUCACUUUGUUCACCUUGGAUGUCCUGCUGCCCUUGGGGUAAAUCUCCAACCCACCAGUGAUAGCAUUCUCCCCAUCGACGAUAGUAUUUGGGACCAAGGUGAACUGUCGGGUGCCCAACUCUACCGCCUUUAUUCCCCCUUGACAGCCACGAUGGGUCGUUUUUGCUUGACUGCCCAGGCAGCAAUUCUACUGAGAAAGGUGUUCCAACAUGUCAAUGAUACUUUGAACACGGAUCAGUUUCGGCAUCAAGAAGCAACAGCAUUGGACAAUACAAUUGCCGCGCUGACACAAGUGUCGCUUGAAGAGGGUCGUUUUAGAGGAAUUGGCGUGUGUAGUCCGACUACAAUCUGUUUUAGCGCACGUCUUCUAUUACACGACGAAGAACGACGGCAAAGGUCUGGCUCGCUCCAAAGGAUAACUGGUGGCUCACCCCCACGUCACAUUGUGGACGAAAUACUUGCCAGCAUGCUAAGACUCGCCCAAGCCCUUGCUUCAUGUGGGAAUUGCGGAGCUGAGCAAAUCUCCCCGUUUUGCCUCGAAGCAAUGUAUCGUUCAGGCAUUAUUUUUGCUCAACGCUUUGCCUCAGAAGGCGACGAAGACGCUUACGAAUCAUUUAAAAUCCUUAAACUUGGUCUUGAAGCUACGAGUCGUCGAUGGAAGGCAGGCAGUAAGAUCAUAUCAUGGAUUUCCUAUUGA